AUGCCAUCAGCUAGUAAGAAGGAAGAUAAUAGUGCUAGCAGCAGUUCCAGUCGGUUUAGACAUCGUAAGAUCUCUGUGAAGCAGCAGUUACGGAUAUUUAAGUAUAAUGAUUUGAAAAAUUUGGAUGCAGAUGAGCUACAGCAACGGGAAGUCAUUGAUGUGGAAACUGGUGUGGAAAAGAAUGAAGAGAAAGAAGUCCAUUUACAUCGAAUUUUACAAUUAGGGUCUAGUCAGAUCAAUAGUGAGAAGAAAAAGUAUAUUCCAACGCCUGAUGCCUCCAGUACAUGGAAAGAAUUCGAUCAUUUUUAUAAGGGAAAAUUCCAGGAACCGAAGAGUUAUAUUAUGUUUUCCGCAACGGUAGAGGAUUGUUGUGGUGCCAGUUAUAAUAUGGAUGAGCGUGAUGAAGCCUUCUUAGAUAGUGAGAUUAACAAGGAUAAUCCAUCUGCCUUGACGGAAGAUGAGUUUGAAAUACUAUGUACUAGCUUCGAAAAUGCGAUCCAUGAAAGACAACCAUUUUUAAGUAUGGAUCCAGAAAGUAUUCAUCCGUUUGAAGAAUUGAAGCCUACUUUAAUGAAGGUCGACUUUGGCGAUACUGGAUUAAGAAAAGAGCUAGCCAAACAAAUUGGAUACCCAUCUGGUGAAGACUUUAUUACACAAUUUGACCCUAAAUCUCAAUCGAAACCAAGGUCAUUGAAUGCAUUGUUAGAAAAUUUUGGGAAACAAAUAUAUGAAUAUUGGAAGAAUCGUAAAAUUGAGAGUGGCGGUAAGGAAAUAUUCCCACAAUUGAAGUUCGAAAGACCUGGUGAAAAAGAAGAAAUAGACCCAUAUGUUUGUUUCCGUAGACGUGAAGUUAGACACCCAAGAAAGACAAGACGUAUCGAUAUAAUUAAUAGCCAGAAAUUAAGGCUACUUCGCCAAGAGCUUGAACACACAAAGGAACUAGCAUUACUGGUAGCCCGGCGUGAACGCCUUUAUAUGUCAUCCUUUGAUAAAGAUCUAGAAAUAUUCGAUGAUAGGUCUGAAAUCAAAAAGUUGAAACGUUCUUUGAAUCUAAGAGGUGAGGAUGAAGACCUUGUGAAUCAUAAGAGGAAGCGUACCGGCGUAAUAACGUUACAAAGAAGGAAAUGGGAAGCAGAUGCUAAUGCCGCAAGAGCUGCUGCCAUUCAAGCUGCUUCUGAGGCAAAGAGAAAUAAUAAGAAUAAAGUGUCUAAAAAGAAAUUGGAACAACUGGCCAAAUCUGGCCAGAAGCUUACAAAGCAGCAGCUACAAGAGUUACAAUCACAAAGAAAUGGACUUUCUAAAUCUGAUGAGAAUAAAGGUUCGCAGCAAACUUCUCAGCCACUAACAUCUCAUGUAUAUGUUAAGCUUCCAUCUUCUAAGAUUCCUGAUAUUGUUCUUGAGGAUGUGGAUAAUAUUCUAUCAAGCAAGGAAAGAAAUGCAAAGAAAUUUGUCCAAGAACGAAUGGAGAAGAGAAGAAGAGAGGACUCUGCAGUAUUUUUUAAUCUUACAGAUGACCCCUAUAAUCCUGUCUUUGACAUAGCUCUACCAAGAGAUCUUUCUCCCUCAACGGCGCCAUUCUCCUCUAUUUCAUCGUCUAAAUUUGAAAUUAAAAGAUCAUAUUAUGCCCCCGAUCUACCUAAUUAUCUGAACGGAACGAGUAAAGAUAUUAAAGUAUUCAAUAAAGAUGGAGAGAAGAUAACACAAAACAAUGAUUCUUUGAAGAAAAUCGAACUUUAUGAUCCAUUCCAAUCAAAUAACGAAAUAUACUCAGAAGAAUUUCCCAUUAAAUUUAGAAAACGUUUUGGACGUUGUGGGAUCAAAUAUGUUGAUAGAAAACCAAAUAAAAUUGUUGAUAACGAAGGGGCCAUAUUCAACCAGUUUUUCGAUUUCUCAUCCUUGGAAGAGCAAGAAAACGAAAAAAAAGACGCAAUCAAUGUUUACGAUUCUAAAUUAGAUGAGUUGGUUAGAAUGCAUGAUAAAUGGAAAUAUGACUCCCCUCGAAACGAUUAUGGUUUGAAAUUUUCUGAGGAACCAUCAAGAUUAAAUCAAAUUCCCAAUGAAACUCAGGUAAUAAGAUUUGGUACCAUGUUAGGUGGAAAAGCGUACGAACAACUUAGAGAAGCAACUUUCAAGUGUCGUAGAGAGUAUGUCAAUAAGAUGAAACAACAUAAGUUCAACGCUCAAAAGCAGAAACAAAAGCAACAAGCUUCCAAUUCUUCCAAGGUGCCAUUGUCAUCGACUACUUCUUCAAUUCCUCCAUCCCAGUUCAAUUCGAGGACCAAUACACCUCAAAUUACUCCUUCAAAACAUUCAUCCACACCAGCACAAAGCGUGCAUACGACUUAA